AUGGCUGGUUUCGAUCUUCUCGCUGGAUCUCCCGAGCACACUGCUGCUGCUUACCAGGCUUUGGUCAAUGCUCCUCGCAAUAUUCGAACGCAUGCCAACGCUGCUGGAGGCAACGAUGAUCAAGCUAUUCUUUCCAGCUCUGUCUAUUGCCCGGGUAUUGCCCGGGAUGCUCACCAGAACCUGAUCAACCAUCAAAAUGGCAGCAAGCACUCCAACCACAGAUUGGUCAUGGAUCCUGCGAUUGAAGCGAAUUUGCUCCAAAGCAUGGCCCGGAUUGAUCUCGCCCAUACCCAUGCCAUUCGGACUGAUAGUCAUCGCACCAUCGUUGGAAGCGCCUACGUUCACCCCCGAGUCGGCUCAUCCUCCAGCCAUGGGUCUUCAAGCACCGAUCGGCUUUCCAUCUCGUCCGGUGCCCGCCAAGGUCCAGCCUACUACAACGCCACCGACUAUAAAGCUGGCGAGAAUACGGGAAUCGAUAAGGGCAAGGGCAGUGAGAAGACCAACUCCUCUCCACCCACCACUAUCUCUCCUGAUUCCACUUCUGCAAACGUCGGCGGCUCCAACACCAAGACUCAAGGCCAGAAGCUCAAUGCGCCAGAUGGAACUCCCGAGAGAGCUCCUGGCUGGGUUUUGCCUCGUUUCCGCGGCCAAGCCAUGCCUGUUCGAGAGCCCGUGAAUGCUGGUGCUCAAAACAACUUCCCAGGCGGCCCUCGUGCGAGUUUGGCUGGUCAGGUGCAGCCACAGCCGCGGCAGUCUGGCUCCGAGUCAAGUCGCAACCGAGUCUUCAUCCCUCAGCCAGAUGUUGGAAUGCCGUCAACCCAUCGCAAUGGCACGAAGCCCAUGAACAGCCAAGCUCCAAUCGGCACAGGUCGUUGGGACCAUCAUACCCUGAGGGAGUUGCUCACUCCUCAAGCCACGUCUGUCUGGGCUCAGUAUGAGCCUCGACCUGCGGUUGUUCAGAAGGGCUUCCAAUCUUACGCUCCAGUUGGCGAGUUUCGGCCAAUGAACGCCGUCACUCGAACAUUCUUCCGCCCCGAGUGCGAUCCCCAGAAGGAUCUCAAAAUGGCCCAGGGUGUCUCGGCUAACUACAAGGGCGAUGCUUUGAACCCGCGCAACCUUUCGGAUGACAUUCCGGAGUGCAAGAAUGUCUCCUUCUUCUUGACCAAUCUCCCAGCGGACGUCACCUACAGCCAGCUCCUGGGUCAAAUUCGCGGCAUGGGACGUGUCUGGGCCACUGUGAUCAAUCCUCCAGAUGGUCACGAGCAUUUCACCUCGGCCGCUAAGUUGGUGUUCUUCGAGCUGGCCGCGGCCCAGCGCUUCUACGCUCACUGUAGAAACCCGGCCCGUCGUCUCAUCAUCAGUAGCUACGCCGUCAAGAUUGUUCGCAACCGGGUUCGAAAGGCCGAGGAAGAUGUCGGCGGCUACCACUCUCGUGUUCUCGUCGUUACCGGCGAGUUGUCCUUUGUCAACAAGGACACUCUGCUGCGUUACUUCCGCAUGAAGCUCGAUUUCGACACCGAGGAUGUCAUCGCCCAUGUUCAAGACCCUCAGACUGGAAUGGGAGAGCUUGAAAUCCGGUUCGCCUGCUAUCGGAACCAGUCCGAGUCUGCUCGUCAAGCGCUGAGCAAGGAGUAUCCUCCCGGUGCCACCCUUCCAGAUGGCAGGAUGUCUCCAAUUUGGGAGCUCAGAUACGGUAACAACAAGCACGGAUCGGACGGACUGGAAGUCACUUACACUUGUCUUGGGAGGGAGAAGUUCUGGAUUUUGAGUUUGAUUUGUGUUGAGGAUGGACACGGAUACACGGAUAGUCAUGGAGGUCCUCCGGCAAUGAAUCAAAUUUUGUUUCUGAAUUGCGCUCAGUUCAUUUUCCACUCAUGUAUCGUGACACUCAUUCAGCGGCGAAGUCGCCCAGGGAGUUACAAAAACCCUCAGGGGUUGCAUCUUGAUCGCUCCUUGAUUGAAAUCCCCUGCUCUUUCCUCUUGGAGCUGUACAUAUGUGGUCUCUUCUCACCCUCAACUUACCUCCAUCACUUGAUAAGAGAAAGACACCAGGGCUUGAGGCUCACGGGAAUCUCACCGAAGAUGAAGGAAGCUGAUGAAAUCUCAGGAACCUCAUCGAAGGGACCCAAAGCCUCUCACAAGCGGAAGGAUACGGCCUCCACGAAAGUCAAUCCUGCCAAAGUAUCUCCGGCUGUGAAAAGCUCACCAAAACCAACGAUGGCAGCAACUACGUCAGAAGGGCCAGUCGUCGACAACUCAAUUUUCACGGUCAUCAACAGUGAUGGCACAACUUCCUACUACACAAGCACCGGUGAGCUGAUCGAAGGCGAGUCUUCAAGACACACCGAAGCCACAAAGGAAGUCACCGAUAGCGAGCGUGUCACAGCAAAGGGCGCGCUCAAUCUACGCUCAAAGAAGACUGAGAGAAUGAAGCGGAAACUUGAGAAGAAGACUGCAAAGUCCUCAGCUCGCCGGACAACUCAACUCCUCGACCUUCCCAAUGAGACUCUUGUCGACAUUAUCAGCAACAUGCUUCCCAGCGAGGUUUUGAAGACUGCCCAGACCUGCAAGACACUCCGCAAGCUCAUCCAACACAACGAGAAGCUUCUCUCGCGCAAAAUCAUCUCUCAACGAUACCCAGUUCUUUCCAAGUGCUUCAGGCUUCCAGUAACACUCGACGAGAUCGACCCAGAACUUCACCCGGUCCUCAAGAAUGACGCCAGAAUCGACAUGCUCGGUAUCCACCGGCGAUACGUCCACAUCCCUCAACCCGAGCCCUACGUCUUAUGCACCUGCCUCACCUGCGUCUUGCGCUGGCAGGCCUGCUGCAUCAUUGUCGACUUCAACAAGUGGCGCCCCAAUCUCGACUCCGGGGUUCCCAUCACUAUCAUGCGCCGGGGUCAAGACGCUUCGUGGAACUUGGUCUGGAAAGACAGAAUUACAGAAACCGUGCUCCAUGCCAUCCGCUCCCCGCUCGCCUACGCUCACCUCCUCGAGGUCCAUCUCAACAACACCUGUGCCGCGAUCAAGAGGCAGAGAGCGAACAAGGGUAACCGUCGUCGCCACUUUGAGAUGUCCGAGGCCGACGCGGAGUCUCUCACAGACGCCUUCUUGGAGGGGAACGGCCCGCCCACCAUCGAUCUCCCCUACUCGCGGGAUAACUAUUACAUGCUCGAGGCGUACAUGCCCGCCAGAACCUGGCUCAAAGACGAAGAGAAAUGGGUCUAUAUCCCGGCGGACUUUCACGAUAGAGACCUUGAUUGGGUCGCGAAGCGAUGGGGUCCGGAAUGGGGCGUCACACAUAAUCGGGACAGGCCUAAUGAGCAGAUGAUGGGACCGGCUUAG